AUGGAGCAGAACCCGUGGGGGAAAUGGUCUUCCGAUUUGGAAACUGAUGAUCAUGUCAAUGAGUGUUUACGCCACACGAAUAAUCCUUUUGAUGAAGAGUUCCUCAGAGAUAUUCUGCAACAGCCACAAGAGGCCACUGGUCCUGUUAAUAACUCAUCAAUCAAUAUGUGUCAACAUGUUGCACAAAAACCAACAACAUAUAUACUGUCUUUUGAUAAAUCCACUGCAUUGUUACCAAAUGACAAUGAUUCUUGCUCUGUUUGGAAAGAUGUUUCCCAAUCUCAAUUGGGAAAUCACAACACAGAUUCUUUGCCUUUGUCGUCAUCAAAGGAAAAUCCAGGAACCAAGAAGACUCGAAACGCUUCUGAGACACUAGAUCACAUAAUGUCAGAGAGACAAAGGAGAAGGGAACUCACAAGGAAGUUCAUAGCACUUUCAGCCACUAUUCCUGGCUUGAAGAAGAUGGACAAGGCCCAUGUACUAAGAGAAGCUAUCAAUUAUGUGAAACAACUUCAAGAACGUGUGAAAGAGCUAGAAGAAGAUAUUCAGAAGAACGGUCUAGAAUCAGUGAUAACCAUAACAAGAUCUUAUCUCUAUAUUGAAGAUGACACUGCUUUCAGUGAAACUAACACUGAUGAAUGCUAUGGGCCCAACGAAGCACUUCCUGAAGUUGAAGCCAGAGUCAUAGGGAAGGAAGUGUUGAUCAAAAUUCAGUGUGGGAAACAAAAGGGUAUUCUGCUCAAAAUAUUGUCCCAGCUUGAAGGCCUUCAUCUCUCAAUAUGCAGUAGCAAUGUCUUGCCAUUUGGGGAUACUCUUGACAUCACCAUUAUUGCUCAGAUGGGUGACAAAUACAGCUUGAUAGUGAAGGAUCUAGUGAAAAAACUGAGACUAGUGGCUAUGCUGAAGUCAUGUGAAGUAAGAUAA